AGUGUAAUAAAUUGAAACACUCUAUACUUUGUAGCAGUGAUGGCAGAAGAAAAAAAAAUUGAAAACAUAGAAAUAUGUGCGAAGAGAUGCUCAAAAACAGAUGGUGAGGAUUCCUGCUGCAUAGCAAAAAUAUACAAUCUGGAAGAGGCGAACUUCGCGGAGACUCCGCUCCACAAAGCGGCGGCAGCGGGGAACACGGAGGUGGCGUUGGAGAUCCUGAGCCUGAUGCCCUCCCUGGGCAGCACGCUGAACAGCAGGGGCUGUAGCCCCCUCCACCUGGCCAUAGAGGGGGCUCACCGCGACACGGCGAUACUGAUGGCGAGGUUCGACAAGAUGCUGGUGCGGGUGAAGGGCAAGAAGGGGAUGACCCCGCUGAUGCUGUGCGCAGCCAGAUCCGGCAUGGAGGAGGAGCACAAUGGGGAUGAUGACAGGAGGCUUCUAGCGCAGCUGCUGCUGGCGUGCCCGGAGUCGGUGAGCGACAGGAAUAACAAGAACCAGACCGUGGUUCACGUGGCGCUGGAGAACAGGGGGUGCCAGACGGUGUGCAUGCUGGUGGAUUGGCUCAUGAGGAGGAACCAGAUCACCUCGGUUCUGUCGGUCAAGGAUAUCCACGGCAACACUGCUCUUCAUACUGCGGUUCAGUAUGGAUGUCAAGGGGGGGCGAAAAAAUUAGCGGGACUGGUCAAAGUAAACAGACUGAAUGCCGAAUGCAAGACCGCUCUAGACCUUGCCCAAAACAGACUGGAUUCCGAAGGCAACACUGCUCUAGACCUUGCCAAAUACCAAGAUAUUAAACGCAACUUAAUUCGUAAAGGAGCCAAGUCCCAGGAAGCUAUUUACAAACAUACAAAAGCCGAUUACGUGCUCGAGAAAGCAACCUUCCCGGAAGCCAUCUCCCGCGCCUACUACUAUCUAACCGUGCAACUCACCCUCGAGAUGCGCAACACUGUCUUGGUGGUGGCCACGCUCAUCGUGGCCGCCACCUACCAAGGGGUGUUCAGCCCCCCUGGAGGCCUCUAUCCGGCCCCCGAGCCACAAAUCCCCAACAAAACCCUAGUCAGCAGCCAUCGCCCCUUUAUGGGGCGGAGGCUACUGGCGACCUCCGAGGACAAACACUUGGCCGGCCAGAUGGUGAUGGAGAAGGCUAAAUACCGGUACUUCAUGCCGUCCAACACGUUCGCGUUCGCACUGUCGGUCGUGAUAGUGAUAUUUGUGGUCCCAGGCACGCCGAUUUUCUUGAUCCUCCACGUCUGCCUGGUCUUCAUGUCCAUGAGCUAUCUUCUUGCUCUCGACGCUAUAUCUUAUUACACGGGCAUCUCCAACAUGAUCUUCUACAUGUCCGUCUACGCCAUUGGCGGAGCCUUUCUUGUGAAGCUCUUGUAUUAUCCGGUCAAAGCGCUCCUCGUCGACGAGGAUUGGUGGCUGCGGGGAAUCAGCGUCAAAUUUGAUAACUUUAUAGGAACCAAUGGGAAUUUCUACACCAUAAGCCUGAAAAUGAAGAAGCAGUUCAUGCUUCUACGUCUUAACUGAAGGACGGAUUUUCGUUGUUUUCUUGUGUGUCUUAGAAGAAAUUGAUUGCAUGCAAGUCGGGGUUUGAAUUUAUUGUAGAUUGAGAUCAUAACUAUUGCAUGUUAAGGUCAUGUAAUAACUUGUGUGUUAUUUUGUUUUUUGUUUUUGUUUUUGAGAGGGAUGGAAGUGGUGUGGGUUGAUGAAAUAAGAUGUGUGAUAAUGUAAUUAUUGAUUUGGAUGAUUAAAUAAAACUCUUUUUAUUGGAUCUA